UGCAACAACGUAGCACAAUAUUCGCCAUAUCAAUCUCUGCUCUCUCUUUCUCUCUGCAUCUGAUUCCAAAACUGUGUAAACCCAGAAGCAGAAAAAACAAUGGCAGAUAAGCCAAGUCGAUCCCUGGUCUUAUUUGGUGAUGGGUUAGCUCGUUUCAUGGAUUCAUCGCACUCCCACUUUCACUCUCUCGCUUCUCUCUCUUCAUGCGGGUUCUUGAGUCUCCCCAAUUCUCCGCCCUCAGAAAGCGAGGAUGAGAGGACAGUUAGAGAAUUUGCUGUGCUGCUGGAUGCAUGCCACACUUAUUCAAAUAUGAAGGGGCAAAUCGGUGAUGGUGAUAGCCAAGAGGAUCGACCAAAAGAAACCUUGUCUGAUAGGUUUAUGGGAAUGAAGGCUGCUAUUUUGACCAACAAUUCAAGCUUGAAGUCUUUUAGUGCCAAACUGGGAUUCAGUGUUCUUCAAUUUGAUGAGUUAGUGGAAGGUCAUUCUACUGAGUUGCAACAUAAUGUUGUAGCCCUUGAGCUCCUCAAGUUGCUUGGCUUUCAAGAAGGGAAGGUGCUGGACAGUAACCACUUUGAUCUUGUUUUCUUUCACAUUGGAGCUGGUGAACAAAAAGUGGUUGCUGCUGAUGUGGAGUAUAUGGAUGCCUUGGUUGGAGGGAUAAUGAGUCAAGCACAACUGGGUUCUGACAUCAGUUCACGUCUGCACUUGUCUGUUGUCAUGAGCUAUGGCAAUGUCUUGGAUGGUGAUGAUUCUAAGUUUUCAGUGUUAAAGAGGGUAGAUGAAAAAAAGACCCAUCUUUCACUGCUCUAUCCUCUACAAAGUUAUGCUAUGAAGGGAGGAAUUCCUCGAAAGGAUGUAAGGCAUUAUUCUCCCAUGUUAAUUGCUCAAUGGCAAUAUGCUGUGACACGCAAGGAUAAUGCUGAGAGAUUUUCUUUUGAAGAUUUUAUGGAGCAUGGUGGAAACCUUACAAUACCGGCAGAUAGGUUCUUGCAUGAGAUUGCCUUUAAGCUUUGGAAAGCUCCCAAGUAUGGAGCCUAAUUUACUUUUUUUUUCAAUCUUUUUCUGUCUCUUGCGCUAGCAGCAGAACAAUAUAAAAAAUGCUGAUUAACAUGUUUAUGUCGUACUUUAAACUCUGUUCCGACAUCUAAUAAGUAAUGUUUCUUAUAAACAAAUAUCAGAAAUUUGUAUUUGGUAUUUUGUUCAUUUUAUAGAAUCUCUCUUUAAAUGCUUUA